CCAAGAUUAUGGGUGGAGAAAUAGACUGUGCUGUACAGCAUCCUUAGUUCAUCCCUCGCAAAAGGAAAGGCACCUUUUAACAUCUAAGUGUGAAAGAAGCUAGGAGGGAGCACCCUACACUCCAACUACUGGGAAAGGAAUAGAAUCCCUGCUGAGAGUGCUGGGUAGCACAGAUACUUCUCACAAUGAACUGGAAGCUGUUUACCUAUAUCAAUGUCUUCAUACUGUCACUGAUAUCUUUGCAGUGUAGCUGUAACUGGAAUGUGCAGGUAAAUAAAGGAAAAAAUAAAUAUGGAAACAUCACAUGGCAGGAAGUCCAAUACAGCACACGACCAAAGCGUACAUGGGUCGUACCUCCAUUGAUUAUGAGAGAAGGAGAAGAUAACAGACCCAGGAAUCCUAUAGCAAAGGUUCGUUCUGACUUGGAGGUAAAGAAGGGUGGUAUACUUUAUAGAAUUACUGGACAAGGUGUGGAUCAACCACCGUACAAUGUUUUUAUUAUGGAUGCCAAAACUGGAUACUUGAAUGUGACCAAUGCCAUUAUUGAUCGUGAAGAAACGCCCUUUUUAUAUUUAACAGUCCAUGCUGUGACCGCAAGUGGCCAAGAAGUAGAAAAGCCCCUAAAGAUGACUGUCAAAAUUCAAGAUAUUAAUGACAAUCCACCAAUAUUCGGGCAAGCUAUAUUUGCUGGUUCAGUGGAAGAGAGAAGCCAAGCAAACACGCUGGUGAUGCAACUCAGUGCUUUUGAUGCCGAUGAACAAAAUACUGUAAAUUCUCAAAUCGCUUAUAAAAUUCUCUCUCAGAGUCCUUCGGAUCCCCCAAUGUUCAUUAUAAAUCAGUACACUGGUGAAGUCUUCACAAUAUCAAAUUUUCUCGACAGAGAGGCAUAUAGUACAUACAGCCUUUACGUUAGCGGCUCAGACUUGAAUGGGGCUGCUGGUGCACUUUCUGGGCAGUGUGGUGCUGACAUCAAAAUUCUAGAUGUGAAUGACAACUUUCCUGUACUUGAAUUUGAAUCGUACUCAGUCAACUUUGCGGAGAACAUGAUCGGUUUAACUGACUUGAGGAUGAAAGUGUUUGAUGCUGAUGAAAUGUACACUGAUAACUGGAUUGCAGUGUUUGAGAUUGUGUCUGGCAAUGAAGGCGGGUGGUUUGUGAUUGAUACAGAUGCUCAGACAAAUGAAGGCGUUUUGAGAAUUGUUAAGGCACUUGAUUAUGAAUCAAUGCAAAUGGCCAACCUCGCUAUUCUAGUGACCAACAGAGCUGCUUUUCAUUAUUCCGUGAUGUCUGAAUAUCAAGCAAAAAUGACAAGCGUUAAUGUUCAUGUACAAAAUGUGAUUGAAGCACCAGUAUUUGUUCCAAAUAAUAUUCAUCUGACCAUCCCUCAGGGUUUAAGCCAAGAAGAAUUAUUGCAAUAUGUGCUUGGAAAGGUUACAGUUAUAAAUCAGGAAACGGGCCAGGCUGCCACAAAUGUUGUGUAUUCGUUAGACAGUACUUCAAGUAGAUGGUUUAUAAUUGAUUCUACAACUGGUGAAAUCAAAAUGACUCUUGAGAUGGCACGAGGGAAUGGUCCAACAGAUGCACCCAACGCAACAUUUAAUGGAUUAAUCUUUGCUACAGUAGACGGAAACGAUCCGAAUAUUCGACCAGUAGGAUCCACCAAUUUUACAGCAAGCUUAGGUCCCUCAAUCCCAGUACCAAUUGGAGUGUGCCCAUCGAUUACUGCAGAGCCCCGUCUCGUAUGUACUGGGAAUAGGAAAGCAAUUGUUAAUGCAUAUCAAAACCCAAGUAAUGCUCCCUUUAAGAUAACUUUGUCACCUAACGCUGGCUGGUCCACGGAACCUUUAAAUGAUACAGCUGUCUACGUGGUUGCAGCAUCAGGAUUGGGUCCCGGAAAUUACACUGUGAGAGUCUAUGUUUCAGACAAAAACAAUUUAGCCUGUCCUGAUCCAGUCGACAUUACUAUAACAGUCUGUGAUUGCACUUCUGGUGGAAGUUGUGAUGCCACAAAACUUGUAGGCAAAAGUGUUUCUCUUGGCCCAGCUGCAAUUGGUCUUAUGGUUUUGGGAUUUUUAUUGCUUUUGUUGGCUCUUCUCUUACUACUACUGUGUCUAUGUGGAGCUGGAGCUGGAGCUGGGACACAAUUUGUUCCUGUUGCUUCUGGAUAUGAAGGUGCUUGUCAUCAGUGGGGAACCGAGGGUGCAAAACCUGAAGAUGUGGAUAUGACAAGUAUGCUUAUAACUUCACCCUGCGCAGGUUCAGAGAUUCAGCAAGGCAAUUAUGGAGAUCGACUAAAAGAAGAAGCAAUGGCAGUCCGAUCAGCAAGUGGUGGAAUUGGUGGAAUCAGUGGAAUUGGUGGAGUCAGUGGAAUCGGUAUAAGUGGUGCUGGAAGAGGUACUUCCACUACUGGCUUUGAAACCUUUGGAGAUGGGGGAGGAAGAUAUACCAUGGAGAGAGAAUUUAAUGGCUCACUAGUUGGAACUCUGCCACCAUCAUACAGAGAGGGUGGCACCAUGAAUAUGGCUUAUGUGGAAAACUACUUUGCUGAUAAAGCAGAAGCGUUUGCCAAUGAGGAUGAGGGCCGCCCAUCAAAUGAUUGUCUUCUGAUCUAUGACAAUGAAGGAGUUGGAAGCCCAGCUGGAUCUGUGGGGUGCUGCAGUUUUAUUGCAGAUGACUUUGAUGAGGACUUUUUGGAUACAUUGGGACCAAAAUUUAAAACAUUAGCAGAAAUAUGUAUUGGUUCAGAGAUUGAUAUACCUGGGGGGAAUCAGUCACGGCCAUUUACCAAUGUUCCAAUUGUAGAAACUGACACAAAUGUUAUGUUCAAUGAGCCUAGCUUGAAUGUUCCUGGUAACCGCUCUGUAUCAGCUAACAGUUCUGCCUUUGUCACUGAAAGCUCAUUUCCAUCUACUAGCUUCAAACCAGCUAUGCCUGUACAAGGCAUUCCAGGUAAUGUAGUUGUAACUGAAACCUACACCACCACUGAGAACCCCAUGAGACCAGUUGUACGUACUGUGGAGCCAAGUAUGCCUUCUAGCAUUCUGGUUACAGAAAGGGUGUUAGGCUCUACUUCUACGCCACAUGGGGUAUUUACCAAUGUACCUAAUAGUUCCAAUGUCAUUGUAACAGAGAGGGUCCUCCGGCCAUCAUCUGGUGUCCAUGAAUUUAUAGAAUUACCGAAUUUGCAAAGUCUACCUGAAUCAUCCAAUGUUGUUUUAAGGGAACGUGUUGUAGCUCCUAGUACCUCAAGACAUUCCAACACAUUCAAUUAUCCAGACAUAAGUGAUACCCAGAAUGUUGUAGUCACUGAGAGAGUAAUACAGCCAUUUACCACUGAGACAGUAAUGCAACCAGUCUCCACUGAGAGGUUAAUGCAGCCAAUCUCCACUGAGAGGUUAAUGCAGCCAAUCUCCAAUGUACAAGGAGGUUUAAGCUAUCGCCCUGACAUGGGUAGCUCUCAAAAUAUAUAUGUGACAGAGAAAACCGUACGGUCUGGCCCAGCUACAACAACCCAUAUGUUGAGUGCAGAACCUUUGAUGAUGCAAUCAGUAGGUUCCACAUCUCCUAGCCUAACCCGCAGCUCUGUUAGGACGUACAGCACAGUCCAGUACACUAAAAAAUAAGAAUUUGUGUACUUCAAAUACAAUGUAGAUGAUUUCUCUAAACAUCAACCACAGAUUAGAAAUAAACUUUAAUCAUUCUGCAUCAGGCUUCUUUAUUGCAGCCCGCAGUGGUUUAUGAAUUAAAAUUUAACACCCAGCCCCAGAAAUUCUUUGGUUAAGAAAGACUCCAAUUCCUAUGUCAUUUUUCUAGCUUGAUGCUUUAAGAAAUGUUUUAAAUAUAAAAUGUAAAUAUAAAUAUAAAUAUAAAGUACUGAAGUGCUAUAAUUUUUUUUCAUGAAUUUGGUAGGUGUAGCUCUCAAAAGAGCUCAAAAUUAUUGUACUCUGUUUCAUUUGAGUUUUAAAUGUCUGUUAUAUAUUGGAAUGGUCGAAAAAACCUACGGCUGUUUGCGGUCUUUGCUAAUAAUAAUAAUAAUAAUAAUACAUGUAAAAAAACAGAGUAGUCACUUAGCUUUGUGUAUUCAUAGAGGUUUUUUUCAAAAGCUGGGAAAAUUCUUGGCUUGUCAGUACAAAUGUAUUUAUAUAACUGGUCAAAGAAAUACAUGGUGUGUAGGCUACAUGGUAUUCUUAAAGUGUACUCCAUUUUUUCUCUACUUUGAAAAAUUACCCAAUCUCCUAGUCAGUAUAAAGUGAUGCAUAGAAUCCUGCCACUUCCUACUUUCAAAGCACUGACUAGGACAGUUUUCCUGCUAAAGGCAACAGUCAGUUAAUCGCAUAAGGAGGAAAUGACGUUGCUUGGGCUGUUUUCAUUUUUGGCAAGGUUACAACGAAGCUAGAUAGUAUUGUUUUGCCAGUAUUAGAAAAACCAUAAAUUAUAAAAUGGCUCAUGUAGCAAUUAAAUAUAUUGAAAGUUCAAUGAAAGUGGAGUUACUCUUUAAAUACAUACCUUUCAUUCAGUCCCUAUAUCUGCAGGAAAAUGAAUUACAAAUAGAAAUAAAAAGUGCCAUAACAUCAGUUUCAGCACUGAUAUCUUACCUAUAGGAAUAUUUUUUACAAUCACUUGGUGUCUUCAUGCAUACCAUGUCAAAUAACGGGUGCAUAAUUGUAUAGGAAUUUUCUAUGAGUACUAAACAAAAAUAAAAAAAGAUAACUACAUUACAGCCUACAAGAACUCUGCAAGUACAGAAAAAUACCUGUUCAUCUGCCAUAAAUCAAUGGGCACCAAACUUUUUAUGCACCUUGACUUGGCUGUACCAAAAUCCCAAACUGAGUGUAAGAUUUACCCUGUCUCCUGGACUACAGAAUAUUCCCCCAUUUAAUGGAGAUGAGGAGGAGGAAAUGUUCUGUAGUCCAGGAGACGAGAACAGGGCAAGGCUGACCAUACUGUAGGGAUUACUGCUUGCAAUUUUCUGUACUUGUAGCCCCUUUGAAAGGACAAAAAUCAUGUGCAUGUAUUACAUAGAAGUACAGAUUUUUUUCUUUCCCCCCAGACAUUCAUUUUUAUGCAGGGUUACUUUAUAUUUGAUACUGUAAGUACUGUACUGCAAGUAUGUGGUACAAAAUGAUAUAAUGUAAAAUAUGUACAUUUGUGAUGUGCUGUAAAUAUAAAAAUGUCAUACAUGUUUGCCAUUUACUAGAAAAAAUAAUAAUCUUGGUUACAAUUGUGGUAUGGUUUACAAAAGAACAGAUAACUAUUAACAAUGUUUGGUUCAUAGACUUAGAAAUAAAAAAAAUAAAAAAAAAACAAUAAGUUAUUCUUAAGUAGCCUAAAUAUAUAUAUAUAUGAAUUAAAUGAAGAAACUUGGAGAUGAGAAUAAUAAUUCCUUUAGUUUUGCUCUAAAUGUUUAUCAAUCAACUCCAAAACAUUUGGUAUACAAUUCUGAUCAUUUACAUUCACUUUAGAUUCUUGAGAAGUGGAUACAAAUGUAAAUAUGAUAUGUAUUAUAAUCACUAUAACACAUUAAUCUAUCAGUCUUUUCAUAUGUAUUUUUUCUAAAAAAAUUACAUCAUAAUUUCAUGAGUAAAAAUAUUAUAGACUUUCCUAUAAAAAUUGUUAUCAAUAUGCCAAUGAGAAAAUACAUAUUUAAACACUUAAGUGUAAUUUCAGCCAAAACAAUUUUUUUUCUUUAGUUUUGAAUAGAGUAACGAAGGAUAAAAGCCCUGGUUCAUUUUACUGUUAUAUGGUGCUUUGUUAGAUAAAUUUCCCCUCUUUAACAGUCAUGGUGACAACUGAUUUACUAGACAGGAAUUGAGAGAAUUUUUUGCAACAGGGACAAAGACUUCAAUAAAUAGCUAUUCUGGCCAAACACAUAUACCUCUAAUUUCAAAAACAAUCAGAGUGCUCAGCCAAUAGGUUUAAGAGUGAAUGAAAAAUGACCAGCACAUCAAUGUUCCCAUGAAGAAGAAAACACCAACAUUGUGGAGACCCACAGUCCUUCCCCAAUCCUUUCCCAAUUCUAUGCUAAACUAAACCAAAAUCCAUUUUGGCUGUGCAUACACAUUAAUGAGUACUAGCACACUUGGUUGCAAACAGUGGUAUAAAGACAUACAAUUUUGCCCCUUAUAAAUAAUGUAAAGAGCGAAGGCAAAAUGUGUUUUUUGUUGAUAGAUUACUGUGGGGUUUAAUCAUAUGUAGUAUUGUAAACUUUUUGUGCUUUUUGAGUUUUGGGAAUAAAUAAAACACAUUUUUCUCUUGCCGGUUAUUUAGGUAAACCACAGUUGCUUCAGGCUCAUCAGGCUACUUGAACUGAAAGCAUUCUGAGAACUGCAAUUCAGCUAAAUCUAGAGGGACUCCUAGUUAUUUUAUGCAGAGGCUCUGCUUUGUUCCUGCUCCUUCCCCAACUAGCACAGGACCAAUGGUUCAUACUAGUACUCAAUGGUUUAGAGACCUUCCACACAUUAUAUUCUUCAGGUGUCGCAGCUUGGUGUUUUAUAAGCAGUAUUCUCUUUAUUAGGCUUCAUUAAAAUCUGAUUAGCUAGCUGAAAUUCCAAAGAGGUUAGUGUUUUCAAAUUUUUCCUUGGUUGGGUACUGGGGUUUAUGCAAGUAUGAAAAUGUUAUCCUACUAUCUAAAGUACUAAAGAUAUUGGUUUUAAAAUGUACUGGAAAAUAACUGUUUUAUGUCGGUCUGUAAAAAUAGUGUGGUGAUGUUAUGGCUUCCCCGCUUAGCAGCCAAAUUUCCUUUAAAUCUAGUGUGCCUACCAGUACUUAGAUGUUCCUAGGACUUGGGCAUUAUAUUUGAACAACUGGAAUGCCUGCCAAGAAUUUCAUAGGGAGACUUCAAGUGUGCCUGUGACAGAUGAUCCAGAGAAGAUAGGAAAUCUAUGUCUGGGUAGGAAGUCUGGACCGUUAACAUACUGAGUGUGUACUCCAUAAUCUGAUGCAAGGUUCAGGGCAGGUGGCGUUGAAAACGAGUAGUCCAAAUCCAAGCAAAGGGACAGACAAGGCAGAAUUC